GUGCCCGCCCUCCCGGCCGGGGAGCAUGUCGUGCCCGUGCCCGUGUCCGGGGGAGGGGUGCCGGGGGCGGGGCGCGUGGUACGCGGGGCGGCUGGGGCGGCGGGAGGCGGCGUGGCGGCUGCAGGGCCAGCGCCAGGGCACCUUCCUGGUGCGGGACUCCUCCACCUGCCCCGGGGACUACGUCCUCUCCGUCGCGGAGAACGGCCGCGUCUCCCACUACAUCAUCCACGCCCUCCCCGGGGAUGGGGGCGGCGCCGCCGGGAGGGGCCUCUUCCGCAUCGGGGACCAGCACUUCCAGAGCCUGCCGGACCUGCUGGACUUCUACCGGGACCACUACCUCGACACCACCACCCUCCGGGAGCCCCUCCCCAGGGGCGCCGCUUCCCCGCCGGCCCCCGGGCGCCCGCCCUCCCUCCCGCCGGAGGGGCCCGAGGAGCUGGUGCGGGCGCUCUAUGACUUCGCCGGGAAGGACGCGGAGGACCUCCCGUUCCAGAAGGGAGAGGUGCUGUCCAUCGAGGAGAAGCCCGAGGAGCAGUGGUGGCGCGCCAGGAACAAGGAGGGACGCCAAGGCAUGAUCCCCGUCCCCUACGUCCACAGGCUGCUGCUGCCGCCCAGCAAGGGCGCCGCCAAGGGGGCCGGGGGCCGCUACGGCAUCCCGGAGCCCGCCCACGCCUACGCCCAGCCCCACGGACACCCCGCCCCUGCCCCCGCCGCCCCUGCCGCCCAGAAGGGCCCCGUCUUCGCCAAAGCCAUCCAGAGGAGGGUCCCCUGCGCCUACGACAAGUCCGCCCUCGCCCUCGAGGUUGGCGACCUGGUGAGAGUGACCCGGAUGAACAUCAACGGCCAAUGGGAGGGCGAGAUCCAGGGCCGGAAGGGCCUCUUCCCUUUCACGCACGUCCGAAUCAUCGACCCUCAAAACCCGGAUGAGAACGAAUGACCUUCCCUUCCGCUUCCUGUUUCAUUUCCUUCUCAAGGAGAGCUUCGUUUUUGGAAUUAAUAUAUUUUUUCUCACCGUUUUCGUCCAUUGAAGGAUGGGAAGUAAAACAACUUUUCCAGAUGGCGGGAACUGAUAACACUCUUUAAGGAGUAACUUUUUCCCCCAAUGAAGAAUCUUUUUUAAUUUUUUUUUAUAUAUUAUAUAUAUGAAGACUUGAUGGAUUUUAUUUCUUCAUUCUUCAACGGAAGGAACAAUCCGUUUCAACGAGCUUUUGCUUAUUAACAGGAAUCAAAAGCAUUGCGACUUUUUCCCCGCUAUUUAUAUCUUUAUUCUUUUUAGCUCGUUUUGCCUUAAAAUCCUGCUUUUUUUGAGUGAUUUUUUGCUGUCACUUUGUUCACAUACUUUGGGGGGGGGGUUGCAUUUAUUAUCAAGCUUCGAUAAUCACUAAAAUUAACAUUAUUUUGAUAAUUUGCGACAUUACAUUUUUUCUGAAUUUCUUCAGAACAAGGAAUGAUUGAAAAGAAACAAAAUACAAACUACAAGGAAUAAUUAGAAAUUUAUUUAAAAACUACUCAACAACUUGAAUGUUGGAUAUUUAAAUGUUCCACUCAGUAUUAAAAAGAAACAAAAGUGCCUUAAUUUGAAUAAUUGUGUGUGGGAAAGUCAGGGGACAAUCGAUUUUUUGCGGUAAAAUGAAGAGAAAAAAAUGUCAUUUUUGUGGUAUAAGACGGGGGAAUUUGCCUUGUUUUGUGUGGUUGGAUCUGGAAAUGGACGAGAAAUUCUGGAUAUUUUUUACUGUGAAAAAAAUGCUUCCUGUUUAUGGAUCUUUUCUCACCAAAUAUUAAUACUACUGAGCUUCGUUGUGUUCAUGAAUAUUGAAUAAUAAUGAUGGAGAACCAUUAUUUCUCUUGUGUUUCCAAAAUGGGUGGAAUUUCCCCCAUUUUUAAAUAAUUGUGCAAAAAAGAGUGGCUUUUUUUAAAAAAAAUUGUCUUUUUAUUUUUCUUUCAUUAUGUGUGUGUUUUGAGUGUGAAAAAAAUCAAAAUAUCCAUCACAUUUAAAGGCAAUAAUAAUGUGUUGUAACGCUUUAUUUUUGAUGGGGGGAAAAGUCUUAUUUUUGAGGAAACCACUGAUUUGAGAUUUUUAUUAUUUUUAUUAAUUUUCUACGCCACAGAUUUUUUUAACAGUAUUAAAUAUAUAUUCUUAGAAACAAA